AGACACAAUGAACUACAAAAAUGAAUAAGAUGGUAUUUGCUAAUGCGCUGGGGUACGAUUCUGGGGACGACCGAAAAUGGUCAAUCGGGGCUGGAAGACCAUUCCCACCAGAUCUUCCAGACCGACAAUAUUAUCUCGUCGACUUUGAUGGACCAGAUGAUCCUCUGAAUCCUCAGAAUUGGCCGUCGUCAACAAAACUUAUAUCCUCUAUAUUAGCUUGCACUGGUACAUUCAUCGCUGCGUUAAACAGUGCCAUGUUUUCUCCCGGGAUUGAUAAGGCUAGCCGUGAUUUUGGCGUGGGAAGAGAAGUGAUAAAUCUUGGUACAAGUCUCUUCGUUCUGGGCUUUGCCACGGGCCCAAUGAUCUGGGCGCCAAUGUCUGAAGUCGUGGGUAGGAAAUGGCCUUUAGUCAUUGCAAUCUUCGGAGAUGGGAUAUUCACGAUUUCCGGUGCUGUUGCGAAAGAUGUUCAAACACUUAUCAUCUGUCGAUUCUUUUCUGGCGUCUGUGGUGCUAGUCAAAUGACCGUGGUCCCAGGUGUGGUGGCCGACCUUUAUGAUAAUACAUAUCGCGGUAUUGCCAUGGCUGUGUAUGCUUUGACAGUAUUCGGGGCACCGUUCAUCGCGCCUAUCACUGGUGGGUUUACGGCAUCGAGUUAUCUUGGUUGGAGAUGGACGUUGUAUAUCCCUUCAUUUCUUGCCUUUGCGUGCGGCACGCUUUCUCUCUUCUUCUUGAAGGAGACAUAUGCUCCUUGCGUUCUCAUACAAAAGGCUUCUUCGCUUCGCAAAAGUUCAGGGAACUGGGGCAUUCAUGCAAAGCAAGAAGAGAUCGAGUUUGAGAUUGGUGUUUUGGCUGAUAAAUAUUUACUACGGCCUCUGAGAUUGCUUGCUACCGAGCCCGUGCUUCUUCUGAUAUCGAUCUAUAUGUCGUUCAUCUAUGGCUUGGUCUAUGCCAUGCUGCAGGCGUAUCCUUACGUUUUUCAAAACAUACAUGGCAUGACGCCUGGUGUUGCUGGUUUGAUGUUUAUUGGGCUUUUCAUUGGUGUUGUCCUGGCGCUUGGUUUUAUUCUCUCGCAAUACGGACAGUACAUCGAGAAGUUAGAAAAGAAUGGAAACGUUCCUGUCCCUGAAUGGCGGCUGGGUCCAACCAUGGUAGGAGCCCCUGUAUUCGCUGUUGGACUUUUCUGGUUUGGCUGGACUGGUUUUACCACCCAAAUCCACUGGGCGGUGCCUGCAGUGGCCGGAAUAUUCAUUGGCUUCGGCAUACUCUGCAUUUUCCAGCCGUGUUUCAACUAUCUUGUGGAUGCCUAUUUGCCAAUCGCCGCCUCUGCCGUAGCAGCCAAUGUAAUGCUUCGGUCAGCCUUUGCAUCAAGCUUCCCCUUAUUCACUCGACAAAUGUUCGAGAACAUGAAAGUGCAAUGGGCAUGCACUCUUCUCGGCUGUUUGGCUACAAUGUUGGUUCCGAUCCCGUUUUUAUUCAAUACAUUUGGAGAGAGACUCCGAAAUAAGACCCGAUAGAAGCUAAGUUUCUCGUCGGUAGGUGUUUGUUUGAUGCGUGUUGUUCCUCCCUCCUAUAAAAAAGAAUCUGCUUUCUUUCAAACUUCUGACUAAACAGCCAUGUCGCAAUAACGAAUUGGCUGGAGCACUCUGCACACAUUUAUACCUAAUUUUUUCUUCUGAGUCUUGAGCGAAGCAAGGGAAGACGGCUUGUGAGUCUUAUAGAUUUCUGUUAUAUAGAUCCCUGUCUCAUCUGCGGAAAAGGUGCCCAGCACACCUCGAUACAUAAUAGACAAAAUACAUAAUUAAUAUAGAGUUAUUUCAU